CGAAAGGACCAUCGCGUGAUAACAAAGACACGCCCAUAAUCUGAUGUCACCGAGAACUCUAAUUUAAUUGGCUGCUUACAUAAGGGUACGGCGCGGGGUCCAGCUUCUCGUUUAAUAACGUGUCCCGUAUUUUUGCACAUGGUACCUGCAGUUCUUGCGAAGCAUCCAAGAACUUAACUACUCGGGAUAAAAUAUUUUGCAAAUUAAUGUAUGUGGAACAUGGAAUGUAAUUCAAAUAUUUAAAUCCGUAAAUUCUUCAAAUUGUCAUUUAGCAAGUCUAGAAAAUUCAGAACUUCAUCUAAUCAUAAUGUAGCCAUUAUAACAUAUAUAGCAAGUUAUAUGAUAUAACAGUUUUCAGCUUUUAAUUCUUUAUAAAGGAAAGAAAUGUCAUGCGUAGGAGAUAGAUAAUGAGUUUACUUAAAAAAGAUAAUGUUUUAAAAGAGAAAAUGCAUAUCAGUGCUGGAGAGAAGCAUCAUGUGAAUGAGGUAUGUAACACAUCACUUGGAUAUAACAGUUAUUUGAACAGACAUAUUAUCUUCCACAACGGGAAGAAACUUUUUCAGUGUAAUAUAUGUAACAAGUCAUUUACACAAAAGGGUCAUUUAAAAAUGCAUAUGCUUACUCAUACAGGAGAGAAACCUCAUACGUGUGAGGUAUGUAACACAUCAUUCCAAAGAAAGCAUAGUUUAAAUGAGCAUAUGCUUAUUCACACAGGAAAGAAACCUCAUGUGUGUGAGGUAUGUAAGAAAUCAUUCGUACUAAAGUAUCGUUUAAAGGAGCAUGUGCGUAUUCACACUGGAGAGAAACCUCAUAUAUGUGAGGUAUGUAACAAAUCCUUCAGACUGAAAGGCUGUUUAAAUGACCAUAUGCGUACUCACACAGGAGAAAAACCUCAUGUGUGUGAUGUGUGUAACAAAUCAUUCAGCAAAAUUGGUACUUUAAGCGAUCAUAUGCUUAUUCACACAGGUCAGAAACCUCAUGUAUGUAAGGUAUGUAACAAAUCAUUCAGGCUGAGAGGUAGUUUAAGUGACCAUAUGCUUAUUCACACAGGAGAAAAACUAUAUGUAUGUGAGGUGUGUAACAAAUCAUUCAGACAAAAUUGUACUUUACGCGAGCAUAUGCUUAUUCAUACAGGUCAGAAACCUCAUGUAUGUGAGGUAUGUAACAAGACGUUUAGAAGAAAGUGUGAUCUGAAUGUGCAUAUGCUGACCCACACAGGAGAGAAACCUCAUGUCUGUGAGGUAUGUAACAAGUCAUUUCGAAAAAAUAAUCAUUUAAGUGAGCACAAGCUUAUCCACACAGGAGAGAAACCUCAUAUGUGUGAGAUAUGCAACAAGGUAUUUAGACAAAAAAGUGAUUUAAACAGACAUACAAGGCUUAUUCAUAUAGGAGAGAAACCUCAUGUGUGUGAGGUGUGUAACAAGACAUUCAGACUAAAGUGUGAAAUGAAUGUGCAUAUGCUGAUCCACAUAACAGAAACUUCAUGUGUCUGAGAUAUGCAAUGAGUGAUUUAAACAAAAGAGUGCUUUAAACUAGCGUGUAAUAAUUCACACAGGAGAUAAAUUCCAUUAGUUAAAUGUGUAACAAGUCUGUUAGACGAAAAAAUAUAUUAGGAAGUAUGUCUGCAGAGAACAGAAGCCUCAUGUCUUUUGUGAAAAUCAGAUUAAUAAAAUCCUCUACUUAUCUCUGCAGGAAGAUCUUGUGUAUGCAAGAAACAAAUCUCAUUAUGUGAGGUAUAUGUAAGAUGUAUUUUCAUGUAAGUUCUGCAUAAAUUAUUUCUUUGUUUCUUUAAGAGAAGAACCUUAUGCUUGCAAGAUCAAUGAGAAGUCCCUUUAAGAUAUUGCCAACUUAAAGCAAUAUCUGGUUAUUCUUGGUAUUUAACAAGGAAAGAAAGUUCUAAAACAGCAAAAGUCUAGACUUUUAGAGUUUGAGACUAAUUUUCAUAUUCAUAAGCUGGAAACUAUAUGGGUCUCACAUUUCCCAAAUAUCGAAUUUUGAAUCCCUCACACUGGACUGCACUUUUCACAAUAUUUGUGAAAACUACAAAGAUAUAUAUAUAUAUAUAUAUAUAUAUAUAUACUGUUUUAUAACAUCAUUAACACUACAGGCUGAUAUUUUUCUUUUACUCCUCAGAAGUGAACUUUUGUGGAACUGCAAAUUCCACAAUUAACAAUAUACGUGCGACUUUGAGCAAAGCCAAAGCUUUUUGAGGAAGUCUGCUCCCUUUCACAAGCUUCUUCAAGUAAAAAGGUUUUACACAAUAGCUACUGUUCAUUAUCUACCUGUAAGUGCUUAGUGUAAAUCUUCUGCCAGUUGAAUGUGUACCUUUUGCCAGAAUGCAUUAUGUGGAUAACUUUUUGUGACCUUUUUGAAAUACUUCUAGUUCUUAAAUUCUGAAGAACAGCAAAAUAUUUCUUCUCAGUAGACAUAUACUAGUUUUUAAGGGUUUUUGUGCUCAAGUUGGUUAUUUCUGAGUUUUAUACAAAUUGUGGUUACAACACUGUAAUUAGUUAUAGAAGCAUAUUCCUAAUCCCCUUUGGCAGAUUGCACAAGAUACUUCCAAAAAUAUUGAAGUGCUUUGCCAUCUAAAUCCAAAUGCUAACACAUCAAUAUGUAUCUUUCACAAAAACAAGUACAGGGUUACCAGAUCUAAUACUGAAAAGGAGAAAAACGGGCAUCUCAAAUUCUGCCAAUUUUUGCAUGUAUCUGUAUUGUAGGGAAACCCUACAUGUGUAAAGUGUACCAGAAGCAAUCUGAGAAAACUAACCAGUUGUGAAACACUUUCACCAUGCAGGGAAGAAACCCAUGUAUGAAACUAGCCAGAUUUGGAAAAUUUUGUCAUUUUGGGGAUUUUAAUUAAAAAUAUACUCUGUUUUGGUAUUGUACCUAACAGGUGUUUGUGAAAUAGGACUCUCAUAGAAUUAGUUAAGCAUAACUAGUUCAUUUUGAAGUUUUAUUUCAUGGAGAUCAUUCGUCACAGCUUUAGUAUUAGUCCUUUUUGGCACGAUAAAUGAAAGAUUAUGAUGACCUUGUUAUUUAUGGUAACCCUAAAUACUGAGCUGAAAAACAUGCCGCCAUUUCUGUCCUCAUAACUUUAACGAAUUUGGUUGGUAUCGAAGGUUUGGUGGCAGGAGAGAUAAAUUGCAUAUUUUUCUUAAAGUUUCUUUCAUGUUAGUAAAGUACAACAUUUAAAAAGCCAAAAUUUGAUAAUUAAAACUGAUGCUUUUAAUAUUACAUCACAUGAGUCGUGACAUUUUUUCAUAUGCCAACUCUGCAUGUUAUAAACUCCAACCCCCCCCCCAAGGAAAAAAACACAUUUUGAGUUGCAUGGGUAAACUCUUGGUGAUUCCUUUGCUAAGGAACCACAUGCAAAUUUAGACUUUUUAGGCAUGCAGAAAUUAUACAAUUAAAAAUAUGAAACCAUAAUUUAUGAAUUAGAGCAAUUAUGAUCUAAAGGGUAUCAAAUAUUACCAAAAAAAAGCUUAAUAUUUAUUUGUUUACUUUAUUAAACAUUUCUUUCAACGUGCGCAUGCGUACUUAUGCGCAUUCCUUAUGCUCAUGCGUAAAGUUUGUGGCUUUGAGGUCUGGAUUAUAGAUCAUUCCGGAUAAUGGACAUCCGGAUUACAGACUUUGUACUGUAUAGGGAUGUAUAAUUGCUUCCCCCCAAAGAAAAAAAAAAAAACUCAUUUUUAGUAGCAUGAGGUAAACUCUUGGUGUUUCCUUUGGUAAGGAACUUCAUUCAAAUUUAGACUUUUUAGAUGUUUUCUUAAAAUGGGCCAAUGAUCAAAAUUACCAUGGUCUAUUUUGCCUCAUUUCUUAAAUUAGAACUAUAGGGAUGUGUAAUUGCAUGAAUUCAUAGACCAAAAUUAGGUUUUGUUAUUGCUUU